AUGAGAGGACUCUCCAGAAACUCCGGCGCGGCGGCGGUUUUCGCGAUCCUAGUCAUCCUUGCUGUCCAGUGCUGGUCCGUCGCCGUAUCUUCUCAGUCCCUCGAAUUCGCCGGCGAGUUUCCUCCGAUGGAGACAGAGUGCCGCGGUUCUAUCGCCGAGUGCUCUGUUUCCGCCUCCAUCGGAGACGAAGGAGGAGAUCUCUUCUACGGCGGAGAAAUGGGAGCUGAGUUCGAGAUGGACUCAGAAAUCAGCAGGCGCAUAUUAGCGACUACGAGGUACAUCAGCUACGGUGCGCUGAGGAGGAACAGUAUUCCGUGCUCGCGCCGCGGCGCAUCUUACUACAAUUGCCGACGUGGCGCUCAGGCCAAUCCUUACUCUCGCGGCUGCAGCGUCAUCACUCGCUGCCGGCGCUAA